CACGUAGUAAUGGAAUUAGUUUCUUCCAUGUUGGCCAAUUACCAAUUUACCUUAAGCGAAAAAUAAGGAGAGAGCAGUGAUUUUAGAAUUGAGAAACUACAUGAAACUCUGCUAUGAAAAUUGCAGUAUCAAGCACCAUAAAAAUAUAUACGGUAAACUUAGUGGGCUUGCUAAUCAUGAUGAACAAGUCCUCUGAUUUUCAGAGUGUCACUUCAUGUAUGUUUUGUGUUAGAAAAGAUACAAAGAAUUUGUUUAUUGUAAUUGGUUGCGAUUGUUGUCUUUGUUUAAAGAGACCUAUGUUCAAAUCCUCAUAUUGACAUUUUUUAUAUGGAAUAAAUAAUUAAUUGUAAAGACAAAAAUGUCCUUCCUACUUUCACUCUCGUUGCGGGAAAUUUGAAAUAGAAAAAAGUAGACAAAACUCUACUAUAUAUUAUUGGAGGAUAUUCAUUUUUUUAUAGCAAAUAAGGUAUGUGCAUUGUUUCUAAUUGAUACAAUCAUUAUUUUUAUCAACAAUCACGGCUCAUUUUCAUAUUCUAAAAGAAAUGCAAAAUAUAUUUGUAGUUUACACUCUUAAGUGAGUAAUUUUCCAAUAUAUCAAACUACACAAUUAUUAGCAAACUGGUCGUCGAUUCAACUUCAAAGUUUGUUCUUACUGUAGCUCAAAGCUGGAAAAAUGUUCAUUCUACACUUGCAGUUGCAACGGCUAUAGUCAAAACUAGUUUCAUAAGCAAAUAAACUUACAGAUAUGACUGGUGCACUUUUUUCUUCAGCAUUACUUGAGAUAAUUCAUCAAUUACUUUAAAAUAAUUGGUCCAAAAAGGCAGGCUCAAACUUACGCUUAGGCGUGCCUAGGCGCUAGGCAAAGUCAAAAUGCCUCACCUAAUGGUUUCGCAGCAAGUUAGAAAUUUGGAACAUGGCCCCGCAGUUCGACCACACAUAGGUGUAAUUAGGCGGAGCUAGACAGUCAAUAUCAAAACCAAAACAAAAAGGCCCGAAAAAUAAGUGGGUUGUCAUCCAAUAGGGCACAAACCGGGCCAAAGCAUGUUGAGGCUUCUGAAACACUAGCUGUCCAUCUGCUCCCUCUGGAAACCUCCACGACAAGGCCAAAAUGCCACCUCCAAUACCCCUCCCUCUUUCUAUGUGUGACAUUGCUCUUUUAUUAUGCAUCUCGCCCUCACCACAAACAUCAUGAAGCAUACACAAAAAACACAUUCUAGAAACACCACAAAUAACUUAAAUAGACAAACCAGGGGCGGAGGCAGCUUAGGGCUUGGGGGGCCAUGCCCCCCCCCCCCCCCCCCACCAAUCAUAAUUUGAUCGUAGCCUAGUGAUAAAGGUUGUGUUUCCCUUAAACAAAGGGAAGUAGGUUCAAUCCCUGAUCGAGGCAUUUUCUUUCUCAUUUUUACGUUUUAGUUUUCACUCUUACCAUUCAACAAAUUUUAAGAGAACUUGCAUUAAAGAUUUAUUAUUUCACUCUAUUUUUGCCUUCUAAAAAUUAAAAGAGAGAAUUUUCAUAUAAUAUCUAAUGUAUAUUAGAGAAAAUUCUGAAAAAAUCUUAGUAUUCAAUUUUAAAUUUGAAUCUCGUUUCGUUUAGUAUUUAUUAUUUGUACUGCUAGAUAUCUUACUUUAUUUUGAUUCAUUCAAAAUCUAGUUUUAUUAGCAAAUAUGCAUUUUGAAAUGUAAAAAUAACAUAAAUUUGCCAUGGCGGCCUCUCCGUCGGUCACAGAUCCGAUUGGGGAGGCGGUGUCUUGGACUUCUCUGUUUGAUGUUGCUCCUGCCAACAGGAUGCGCUUCUGCCUUCCGAAAAAGAUUCAUGAUGGAUAUCGUCUGCCUCGCGAAGUGACAAAGAGAGGUGAGGAAAGGUGGAAGGAUUAUCUGAUCGGGCAGUUCGUGGGGGCUCUUCCUAAAUUGGGGCUUCUCCAGCAGUGGGCGAAUGGUCUAUGGGGCGGAGAUGGCCCGUUGACGGUGUCGAGAUUUGGACCGCGCUUGCUUGUGUUUCAGUUUCCAUCUGCAGGGACAAGUCAGUGGGUUUUCAAAUCGGGGUCGUGGCACUAUCAUGGGAAUCGGAUCUUCUUCAGGAACUGAGCACCAGGGUCCAGCUGGUUGCCCCUGUGAUUGAGGAUUUACCGAUAUGGGGUCAUAAUUUGGGGGAUACCUCUGGAGUAUCAUACGUUUGAAGGGCUUGAAUGGGUUGCAAGCACUAUUGGUCCGUCGGUCUGGAUGGAUCAAACUACAAGAAAGGGCCAUCAAUUGGAGUUUGCUAAGGUUUGUGUUAAUCUUGCGGCUGAUUGUGGUUUUCCAACUAAGAUUAGGUUGUACCCAGAUGAUGAUCCAUUUUUUGAUAUUGGGAUUGAAUAUCUGAAUAAGCCUCAGGUCUGUUCUAAAUGUGAGGUUUAUGGUCAUGACUGCAAUAGAAGUGAAAAUGUGACAAGAAGUGGGUGCCUAAAACCAAAUCUGUUGGUGUUGAGGUAGGUCAGUCUGAAGUUGUUCCACCUGGGUUGGAAGCUAUAAGUAAAGGCAAAGAGAAGGUUACUGCUGAAACGGAGGUUGAGAAUGAGAUCUUGGAGGUUUCAGUGGAGGAAGGGCAAACUUCUUGCUCUUUGGUUAAUACUGAAGGUGAUUCUAGGGACCAGGUUGUGAGAUUUGUUGAUGUUGUGAAGGGAUCGACAGUUGGGGGUAGUUAUCCUAUUCCACAGCAAAUAGCUUUGGAGAAUGCUUCACCAAACUCAGGGAGAGACAAGCUCAUUUAGCGGAACCCCCUGAUACUCAGAAUCCAUGGAUCACUGUGAGUCAGAGAAAGAAGACACCUACUACCCCUAUUUCUAAGAGAGGGGGUAGGGGAGGUAAGCGUAAAUGAAGUUCAUAUCAUGGAAUACUUGGGGAUUUAAGGACCCGGAUAAGAAUAAAGUUGCGCAGCUAUUAGUAAAUAAACAUAGUAUAGAUAUUAUUGCAUUAUUAGAACCAAGAGUUAAGGUUGAUAAAGCUGAAGAACUAGUGAAUAAGAGUUUUCCAGGAUGGGAGAAGAGAAUUGUGGGCAAUGCUGCUGGAUUGAGUAAAAUUGGGCUGGUUUGGAGAUCUGAUGUGCAGAUGAGGGUCCUUCAUAGUAUUAAUCAGUUCAUUCAUGUCAUGGUUUGUUCUGGUUUGCCUUUCUUUGUUAUUGUGGUUUAUGCCUCUAAUGAGGAAGCAGAGAGAAGAGUUCUUUAUAGUAAUCUGGGGGUUGUUCAAGUUCAAUCUGAACCUUGGGUUAUAUUGGGGGAUUUCAAUGCUAUAGGGGAUGUGAGUGAGGCCUCUAACUCUCCUGGAGUUAGCUCUAGUAUGGUGGAUUUCAGGAAAUGGCAGUUUGACAUUGAGAUUGUAGAGCAUAAGUCUUCUGGAUCAUGGUUCACAUGGAUCAAUAAGCAGUCUGGAAAUCCAAUUGCGAGGAUAAUGGAUAGAGCCUUUUAUAAACUAUAAAUGGUUGGAUGUUUUUGGUUCUAGCACAGUGGAUAUUUUGAAUCUUGCAGUAUCUGAUCAUUGUCCAGUGUUUGUUAACACUGAUAGUUCUAUAAAAUCUCUCCCUAAACCUUUUAAGUUUUUUAAAUUGUGGAUGAAAAAUGAGAGGUACCGGGAUCUUGUGAAGGAGGCUUGGAGCUCUGAGGUUGUAGGUUCACCUAUGGAGCGAGUAAGUAGGAAACUCAAAAUAUUAAAAGGGUUGCUCAAGCAUUUUAAUAGAAGUGAAUAUUCUUAUCUUCAUGAGAGGGUAAAGCUCAAGGAGCGGGAGUUGAUUGUUGCUCAGGCCAGUGCUUUUCAAAAGUCCCUCAGCUGAAACAUUCCAGGAAGAGGCUCGGUUAAAUGCAGAUGUCAAAACAUUAAGGGAAGCUGAAGAAUCCUUUUUAAGGCAGAAAUCUAGGGAAGUUUGGUUGAAGGUGGGAGACUCAAAUUCCGGGUAUUUCCAUAGGUCAGUAAAAAUCAGAAAUAAAAGAAACAUGAUAAGAUCUUUGAUAAAUGAUGAGGGUGUUC